GGUAAUAUAUCCUAUUCCCUGAGACUUGGAUUUGAAUAAGUUCACCUUGGGGUUUUAGAAAGGUUGAGAGACAAGCUCUCAGAAACCCAGUGAGUACACUCUGGUGUAAAGAUAGCAUUUCCCCUGUAGGUGGCGACUGGUAGACAGGAAUUUUGCUGGUAAUUUUCAGACCAAAGCUACAAGCUGCAAAACACUGGCGAUGUUGUGAUAAGCAUUUCCCACGAAUAAUACUCAGAUUAUUCAAGGAGUGAAGUAAGAGCCUGGCAGAUACUCAGACACAUUCCUUUAAAUCCCCGAUGACCUUUUUUUUUUCAUGUGAAUAAGAGAAAGUAGUACGUCUGCAGCAUCAUGGGAAAUUAAUCCAAGAUAGACAGCAGCUUUCUUGUCUGGAGGUGUUGAGAAAAGGUGUUUCCCAAUAAAGUGCUAAAGAAGAGAAGAAAACGACUAAAGGACUUGUCGGACAGGUCUGCCAGCUGCUUGUGCGUAUAGUUUUUAACUAGCUGCCUUCCUUGCUAUCAUGGAUUCACCAUAGCAUGCAGAGUUAUAUAAACACAUUAUUUAUUUUGUUUUCUUUUUUAUUUGUUUAUUGGUUGUUUUUUGAGACAUUAUCAUGUUUCCCAGGCUGGCCUCAAAUAGCCUUAGAUUCCCUAUGUAUUCAAGUAUGGCCUUGAACUUCUGGCCUUCCUGGCUCUAUCUCCUGAGUGCUGGGAUUCCAGGUCCAUGCCCACCUUGCCUGGUUUAUGUAGUGUUUGGGAUGGGACCCAGGGUUUUGUGCAUAAGGAAAACAGGAAAUUAAUUUGUACUGAGAUAAAUUAAUGGCUCUGUUUUUCUCCUUUCCUGGGUUCCCUUCCUUUUGUUUGGGUUCUGGUUUUGAGACAGAAUCUUAUAUAUCCUAUGCUGGCCUUGAUCUAGUGAUCCUUCCGUGUCUACCUCCUGAUCGCUGGGAUAACAAGCCAUGUGCCACCAGGCCUGGUCAGUUGUCUUAGUUUUACAAUUAAAAUUCCCCACACUGAACUCUACCUUACAGCUGCAUCUGAGUGGUGAGUGGCAGAAGAGGUCUUCUCUUAGUAUUUCAUUGCUGCCAAUCUGUUGUGCCUGAAUGGCUAUGGGGUCUCUAAAAUCCCCCUCUUUUCUGUCCAGAAAGUCUCAGUGUCUUAUUUGAGUUCUUUCAGACCAUCAGAAUCUGGGGAUUUCACAAAAAGUCAUAAAUUGGCUAUUAUUGCAAAGUUGACUGUUGCUUAAGUUAAUGAUGUGAUUUUGAUGUUAUUCAAAGAUCUGAGCACAUGGUCAGUGUUGGUUUUUGAAAUGAUGUUUAGGUUAAUGAUAUGCCCAGAUAAUGAGAGCAUCUUCACUGAAGAGGUCUGGAAUACUUGUAUUUGAGCAAGACUUACUGAAGAGUCUGUGUUUGCCGGAAGAUUGGCCGUUGGCUAGGUCGAUUUGACCCAAAUAAACGUUGGCUGCCUUGCUGACUUCCAUAAUGUGUUGGUAGAAUUUGGUAUGUCUUAGAUGCUUUCAAAAUGACAACCUUAAGGUUACGAAGCCUGGAGAAGAAAGAAAGGCAACAAAGGGCUGCUUUCAGACAGGAGCUGAUUGCAUUGACUGUCCCAUUUUUUUUCCUGUUGUUACUGUUUGUGUGUCCUUCAUGCAAAUGUCCUUGCUGAUAUACUGACUGCAGAUGCCAGAGAGUGAGAAAAACAACUGGUGGUCGUUGAUGGGUACUUUUCCUAUGACAGAAUUGCUUUUAAUCUUUCAAGGCCAAUUUCAAUCAAUCAAUCAAUCAAUCAAUCCAUGAAGUAGCUGAUGAAUUUCUCUGUCCUGAAAUGAGAGAAAGCAUUGGAGUGACUUUGGAUGUCAGCUCUGUAGGAUUUGUUAAGUUGGCCUUGCAAUUAAAAAAAACCUGUUUCGGGUUGUGAACAUCUCCAGUCUGUUUCCUUAUCUCUAAGUUCUUUUUUUAAAAUCCAUUCCAGAUGGUCAUGAGCCACCAUGUGGUUGCUGGGAAUUGCACUCAGGACCUCUGGAAAAGUAGUCAGUGCUCUUAACCGCUGAGCCAUCUCUCCAGCCCUGUCUCUAAGUUCUUAUUCUUCUGUUUUCUAGGCAGCUUUGCUACCAGGUAGAUCAGCAGGCAAGAGCAGAUGGUGGAAGGCCAAUGACUUGAUAAGUAAUGGAAGCAGCCAUGUUUCCUGGGAAUCUCCCAGCAACUUUCUGACGUUGAAGCAUGUUGUGUGCAAUAUUCCAAUAAAGCGCUAGACACAAGAUACUGGUGAAGCCAGCUGUGGUGAUGCACACCUUUAAUCCCAGCACUCGGGAGGCAGAGGCAGGCAGAUGGCCGUGUGUUUGAGACCAGCCUCAUCUAUAAUGGCAAAUUCUAGGACAACCAGGGCUGUAUGGAAAAACCCUGUUUCAGAACAAAACAACAACAAAAAGAAAAGAAUACUGGUAGAGUGCAUGCUGUGUAAGCACUGUGGAGCAAUCAUACUUUUUUUUAUAAAUGGGCCAUAAAUAAAAUAAUUUAAUUCUAAUUAACUCACAAAUGAAGACAUUGCACAACUGAUUUAAGUUCCUGUCCUGACUUUGUUCCCUGUGGCCUGGAAAUGUCAACCAAAUACACCAUUUCCCUCCCAAGUUGUUUAUGGUGGUUUAUCAGAGCAGCAGGAAUGCAGACUUGUACCAGGAGUGGUGUUGGUUUUAUUAUGAAACUUACCAGAUGUUUUUUAUGCUUUUGGACUAUUUUUGUUAGAGGAUUGAAGGGGAUUUGGGCACUUUAAACCAAACAGAAACAAAAACAAAUACAAAAAACAAAAAAAAAAAAAACCCAAAACAUUGUGUACUCAGAGCUUAAUGGGCUGCUUUACUGGGAGCUUAGAAGACUGAGACAUGCGGACAGUAGACGUUUCGAUGGUGAAGUUUGAGAAGGAAGCAAAGACUGUUGAGACCAUUUGUGUUCUAUUUGGGAUUAAGAAUCUAUGAUUGUUGGUCAGCUGAGGCUGAGGAGUCAGCCAUGAUUAAUGAUCGAACAGCAUCACUAAGGUGAAACUGGGUUUCAACUAAGACAGUGGAUGUGAAUCAGCUGGGGCUGAAGAAUCAGUUGUGGGUAGUAAGAGACGAGCACAUUCAGGGUGAAAUCUUCGGGGAAGUGUUUUCUCACAGUCAGAACACAAAAGCUACGAAUUAGAGGAGCCAUGUUAGCAUCUCAAGCCCGCAGUUGAACUUGUCAGUGUGUAACUGGCACCGAUGUGGUUCCAGUGUGAAGGCAUGAAUGGGCCAUGGAGAGCAGUGGAGGCUUGGUGCCUUGUGGCAGGUUUGGAGUUACCCCAGAAAAGUUCUGAGAGGCCAUUGGUGAAGCCUCAGAUGCAGUGGAGACGCCAAGAUAUUAGAGAUUUCAGGAUCGUGGGAUAUCCACUAGGGACAGUGGGAGGUGUGAAGUGGAGCCUGUCUAAGUCGAGGUGUGUGCUUUGCAGACAACAGACCUGAAGUGAGCUUGGUUUUCCAAGCCCUUUGAAGCCCGGAAGAUGGAGUCUCAGAUGUCAGCCAUUGAGCUACACUGGGGCCGUUAGUCUUGCUUAAGUAUGAUUGCCCUUGUGCACAGUUCUUCCUUUUUGGAGUAAGUUCUUAAAUUGUCUUUAAUUUUAUGAGAGCCCACAGAAAAGAGACCUUGAACUUUUAAAGCAUUUAGCAUUUAUUUUAAGCACUAGAGGACUUUUAAAGUUGUACUGUAUUUUAUCUUAGGCUAUUAACAUGAGAUCUUGGAGACAAAUACGAGGAUGUGGUUUCUACUAGACUCUUAAACCUUUUUGAGUAAACUGGUCUAUGAGCUUGACCGUGAUUGAUGAAAAGGAUGAGACUAGUGGUAAUUCAUUCUACUGCUACUGCCAAAUGAAGCAAGACUUCUUGUGUUUGUUCAAUGCAUGAUUUAUUUUUAAAUUUAAUGUGUGUGUUUUAAAAGGUAAAUCAUCAGAUCUACUCCCAUCCUCCAUGCAUUUCCCCUCUGAGUUAUCCCACCCAGAUCCCCCUCCAACUUCAUGUGGUUCUUAUAAACUAACUGAGUGUCCUCAGUGCUGCCGGUAUGUGCAUGGGUAUAGGACCAUUUUGAAUAGCCUCUCUGGGGCCACAUCUCUUAAGGAAACUGACUCAGCAUUUCCUAGAAGCUAGCAAUUGCUAUUAGCUCCUCAGCUAAGGGAGAUAAUGAUGGCUUACUGACCUCCUUCCCAUUCCACGCUGGGAGUUUGUCUGGCUUAUGCGGGUUUUGUGUGUGUUAUUGCAACGGCUGUGAGUUCAUGUGUGCAAUAAAGCUGUCCUGUACAGAAAAUAUGGUCUCAUUGCAGAACUCCAUUGUAGCUAGCUCUUAAAAUCUUUCUAGUCGUCUUCCACGGCAGUUUCUGAGCUUUGAGAGGAGGGUGUGUGAUAUAGAGGUACCAUUUAGAGCAGAAAACACCAGUCUCUUCCUUGCACGUUGACUUCUUGUAGAUCUCUUCAUUAAUCACCAUCUAUUGCAAAAAAAGGAGUUUCUCUGAUGAGGGUCGAGAGAUGCACUAAUCUAUGGAUAUAAAGGUAAGAACAUAGGAGGCAGUUGAUUUAGCAAACAUUAGUAAGUUCACCCAAGUACUGUGGUCUACCCAGCUACAGUUUUUUGGCUCAGUUAACAGUACCAAGCAUGGAUUUCAGCUUACUGAGCCAACCUUCAAUGCAAUUGGCAAGUGGUCAGUUAAUCCUAGAAUAUACAGAAGCAUGACCUCCUUAAACACAAAAUUGGAAGGCAAUUUGGCUUUCAGAGUCAAUUUUAUGUCAUAGCCUAAUAACCUGAUGUUAGAAAUUCCAGUUGUAUCUAUAUUUUGGCUAAUAUGUAACAAAUCCUAAUAUAUCUAUAUCUAUAUCAUCUGUAUAUAUCUCACAUAUAUAACAUAUAUAUAUAUAUAAUAGAAAGUAAUCUAUUUUAUGUGAGGUUUUUAAAAAAGAUUUAUUUACUAUGUAUUACAAUAUUCUGCCAACAUUAUACCUGCAUGCCAGAAGAGGGCAUCAGAUCUCAUUUACAGAUGGUGGCAGCCUUUGAUCUCAACACUGUGGAGGCAGAGACAGGCAGAUCCCUGAGUUCCAGGACAGCCAGGACUACACAGAAAAACCUUAUCUCAAAAAAAGGAGGCAGGGACUAGAGAGAUGGCUCAGUGGUUAAGAGCACUGGCUGCUCUUCCAGAAGUCCUGAGUUCAAAUUCUGGCAAACACAUGGUGGCUCACAACCAUCUGUAAUGGGAUCUUAACCACAUGAUGGCUCACAACCAUCUGUAAAUGAGAUCUGAUGCCCUCUUCUGGCAUGCAGGUAUAAAUGUAGGCAGAAUACUGUAUACAUAGUAAAUAAAUAAAUCUUUUUUAAAAGCUCACAUAAAAUAGAGAUUACUUUUUUAAAAAUGCAGAGACCAUGUGAAGAGAAAACUAAAGACGUUUAUAGACCUAUUUUUAAGAAUGUUAUAGGGUUCCUUAACAGAUUUAAUUAAAUAAGGAUUGGCACAUUGACCUUUUGGAGCUGGGAAAGUAUUCUGGUUUAGAAGAAAGUACUUGCUAGUGUAUUAAUAUAUAAAUAUUUUUAAGACAUGCCUAUUCUUAAACAGGUUGUAAAUUAAACACUUUGCAGAUAGUUGAGUGAUUGCCAAUGGCAGGAGGAUUCCAAAAGGCAAGAACAUUUGUGAAAAUAAUGGUUAUUUCCACUAUGGUGAUCAUGGUCUGUAUACAUGUGUCAAGACUUACUAAAAUGUACACUGACAACAUUUGUUCACUUUAUGUUAUAAAAUGGAUAUUAUACAUCAACCAUGUCUCUAUCAAACAGUCUUUAUAUUUUUGUGGUCCUGGGGAUGGAACCCAGGGCCGCCUGCAUGCAGACAAGCUUUCUUUCUACCACUGUGCCUCAUUCCCAACCCAAAUCAAUCAAGCAGUUUUCUAAAAAUCACCUGCACAACCUGUGAUAUGGCCAGUAACACAGUUGGCAUGUGACCCUUUGUUUCUAAGAAUUGUACUGCAGUCUCCCAGGCUUCCGUCAUGACUCAUACAACCUUCAAUUUUGGCAUUAGAUGCUAGUGAGGACACAUAGAGUGCUUCAUUGGAGGUGGAAAGGGGACUGUUGUAUUAGUUUGUUGUGACCCUGUCCUAGGCACGUGUGUGUCUGCAGUUGUCAAUUACUUCUUGGUAAUUGUUCUAUGAGAGGUUGCUUGUCUAACAUGUCUGAGGUUCUGGGUUCCAUUUCUAGCACAACUGAAUGAAGAAACAAAUAGUAAAUAGUUAAAGUCUGCAAGGCAAAAGGGGGAAGUGCCUCUCCUCUACUUCCAACCUACUUUCUAGAGGAAAUAUUGCUAACAAUUUGGUGUAUGUAACUUUAAAUUUUAUGUAUGUGUGUUUGUAGGCAUACAUACAUGUUUACAUUAUUCUAUGAGUUUACUAUAUUUCAUUUUUGAAAAUAUUAAUUAUUCUGCAACAUUUUUCUGAAUCUAUCAUGGGUACUCCAUCUUAUCAGCAAAUACACCUCCCUCUCUUCCCUUCCACCUCCUUCCUCCUUUCCUUAUUCCAUCUUCCUCUGUUCUCUUUCUCCCCCCCCCUUGUUAUUUUUCUUUAGUUUUUAUUUAAAAAUCCUUUCAUGCAAUACAUGUUGAUUAUAUUUCCCUAUCCCUACUCCUUCCAGAUCCUCCCCUUGUCCCUAACCACUCAACUUUAUGAUCUCUUUCUCCCUCCUCCUCUCCAUCUCUCUGUCUCGUUCAGUCUCUCUGUCUGUCUGUCUCUGUGUGUGUUUGUCUCUCUGCCUCCCCGUUUCUCUUUGUGUGUGUGUCUGUCUCUUUCUCUGCUCCCCCCAGUCAUGUCUGAGGCGCCCUUCAACAACAGGUGCCACAGAGGACUUGAUUGUCUGUAACUCUGGGCCAGGUGUUACACUGAUUUCCCAUGGCAUUGCUGCAGCACUGAAACUCUGAUAGAUGCAAAAAUCCAAUUACUUGAUAUGCACUAGGCCCUUGACAGAUUUUUAAAUAAGAAUUGAAAAUUAGCUUUCUAUUCCCGGAAAGUAAUUGAAAAUCCAUGUGCAUUUAAUUUUAGGAUCUAAAGUCUAUGACUAGCUAAGGGGUGAGAACAACUGGUUUUGUUAUUGCUGUCUUAGGGAAAUUGGAAUUUGAGAAUCCGAGUUGUGAUGCUUUGAAAGGGAGCAUUUAAAAAGUUAAAAAUUUUAAUUGGCACAUAAUUUUAAAGCUCAACGUACAAUUAUAAGUAUUCAAGGGACAUAAUUUGACAACAGAUGUAUGCAAUGUGUAAUGCUCAAAUUAGAGUACGAUAUGUCUGUCUCCUCAGACAUGCAUCAUUUCUGAGGUGGAGAAUAUUUAAAACCUGACCUACUGGGUAUUUUGAAAUAUACAAUUAAUUUUUCUUCUCUCUAGUUGCCCUGCUGUUCUGUAUGUACACUAGUCAGCUGUACUGUAUGUACACUAACCAUCUUCUCUUCAGCCUCUCUUCCUCUCUUCCUCUCAGCCUGUGGCACUACCAGGCUUCUCUCUGUUUCUAUGAAAGCGAGUGUUUUAGCUUCCUUGUAUUCCUGGCUUAUUUCACUUAACAUAAUAUUUCCUAGCUCCUCCUAGUUGUGGAAAUGACAGGACUUCAUUCUUUUUAGAGCGUGAUAAUAUUCCAUCGUGCUUAUAUACUGAAUAUUCUGUAUCCAUCCUCUAUUCUGUGAGCACCCAAGUUAAUUCCAUACCUUGACCGUUGUGAAUAAUGCUGCAGUAAGCAUGAGAGUGCUGACGUCUUCUUGAUAUACUGACUUCAUUUCUUUGGACAUAUGCCCAACUAGUUAAGAGACAUCUGUGCCGCAUUCUCCCUCUGGUUCUAUUUUGAGUGUUUUGAGGAGUCAGAAUAUAUAUAUAUAUAUAUAUAUAUAUAUAUAUAUAUAUAUAUAUAUUCAUAUUCUACUAUAUAUACAGUAAUAUCCAAGCACCAUUUAUUGAAGAGAUUUUCCCCAAUGUAUUUUUGGUGCCUUUUUAAAAAAAAAUCAGUUAUUUCUGGGUUCUUCAUUCUGUAUUGGCCAAUGUGUCUGUCUUUACGCUAGUAACAUGCUGUUUUGGCUACAGUAGUUUUAUACAACAUGUUUUGAAAUCAGGUAUUAUUAUGUCUCCAGCUUUGUUAUAUUGGAUUUUGCUCGUUACUUUGGCAGGAUCUUUGCAGUUCUUCCAUACAAGUGUUAAGAGUGUUCCCUCUUGUUUCUGCGAAGAAUGUUGCUGCUAUUUUGAUGGAUGCUGCAUUGAAUCUAUAGAUGAUGUUGGACAGUAUACCUAUGUCAAGAAUAUGAAUUCUUCCAGUCCAGGAGCAUUCCGGGCUGUCGUUCCCCUCCCCCCUCUGUGUGUACUUAUGUGUGUUUCAAUUUCUUUUACCAGUCUUUUAUAGAUUUGAUUGUAGAGUUCUUUAACCUUUAUGGUUAAAUUAAUGUUUAGGUGUCUUUAUAGGUGUUGCAAAUGAUCUUGGUUUCUUUUUCCAUUUGUUCAUUGUUGUAUAGGAAUAUAAGUCAGAUGUGUUACUAUAUCCCUUUAAUCCCAGCACUCAGGAGGCAGGGACAGGUGACUCUCUGUGAGUUCAAGUAGUUCAAGGCCAGUAUGGUCUACAUAAUGAAUUCCAGGCCAGCCUGGUGGGCACAGUGAGCCCCUCUCUCAAGAAUAAAGAAGAUCAAUAUUUAUUUUUAAUUUCAUGUGUAUGAGUGUUUUGCAUAUAUGUAUGUCUGUGCAGCACAUGCAUGCCCGGUGUUAGUGGAGACCAGAAAAUGGCAUGAGAUCUCCUGUUACUGGAGUUGCAGAUGGUUGUGAGCUGCUAUGUGGCUACUGAGAACCAACCCCCCUGGGCCUCUAAAAGAGUAGCAAGUGUUCUGAGUUCCUGAGCCAUCUCUUUAGCCCUCAGUACUAACUUUUAUAUAUUGAUUUUGUAUUCUGUAACUUGUUUAUCAGUUCUAACAUAUUUUGGUACAGUCUUUAGGCUUCUCUGUAGAUCAGAUAAUGUUAUGUGCAAUAGGGUGAUUUGACUUCCUCCCUUCCCACUGGAUUUUUAUCUCCUUUCUCUUUCUUAAUUGCCUUAGCUGAGAUUUUCAGAGGUCAUUAAAAAAAAUGACUGACAGUGCUGGAGAAAUGGCUCCAGUUAAAAGGACUGCCUGCUCUUCCAGAAUACCCACGUUUGAUUCUCAGGACCACAUGAUGGCUCACAACUGUGUGUAACUCUGGUUGCAGGGGAUCUCACUCUAUCUUCUGGGAUUCAUGGGUACUGCCCACACACGGUGCAACACAUAUACAUGCAGGCAAAAUACCCAUACACAUAAAUCAAUAAAAUAAAAAUUUGUAAUAUUGACAAUCAGGUCUUAGGAAAAUCGGUUAUCUUUUAUAGUAAUUCAUUUUUUUUCUCCAAAGCAUUCUUGAUUCGAGAUCAUUUUGAUGAUUUCUGAAUAUCAAAGCUAAGUGCUAGGGUGUAGUUCAGUGGUAAAGUACUAGUCUUACAUGUGCAAAGGCUUUGGUUUAUUUCCUGACAUCACAAAAAAAAUUGUACUAAAAGAAUUUAGAAAUUAAUUUCCAUUAAGCUAUUUAAAAGAAUGUAGCCUAGACUUUUAAAUUAAUCUUGGGGAGGCACUAUUUAAGAUUAUUUUUCCAUCAGUAUAAUUUGGGGGAGAUAUCUGUUAAGAUAUUUUGUCCUUUUUUCUGUCGUUGUUGGAAUCAAAUUUAGGACCAUGCACAUGGUAGGAAAAUGUUCUAUCACUUAGCUACAUUCCCAAACCUGUUUGGCUGCCUCAUGUAAAAAUAAUUAUUAUUGACCUGUGAUAAUUGUUAUCUCAGUGGCUUACUGCCUCUGUCUGCUAACCUAGGCCUAGUCCUUGGAAAGCUUCUAGCCUUCAUACAAUCUAAUCUAGGCCUACAAUGUUUUCAGCCUCUGUGACGUACUGUUAAAUAAGCUCUUACUUAGCUUUCUGAGCUCUGGGUGGCUGAGUCAAAACUGCUCUCCAAACGGAUUCAAACUUGCUUCUCUUGGCUUUUCCUGAAUUGCUCUGCUUGGCCUCACGCUAAUUUUUUGGCAAUGUGUUCUAAUCUUCUGUCUCCUUCCCAUUCUCUGGCUCAUUCUGUUUUCACCUGUGUCUAGUUUGAUUUCUCUUCACCCGGUCUCUGUAAAACCCUCCCAGGAAAACUGCUUGCUCUCCGUCUCUCUGCAUUGCCUCUGAAGUAGCUUCUCUUUCCUCUCUCUUCUUGUGAGAGUUGGGCAUAACCUACUCCAUCAAAUUUUUCUAAUUCAUCACUUUGACACUCAAUUAGACAUCACUUUCAAACAUGGAUGCUUCCUUCUAUAAAAUUUACCUUUACUGUUUGGGAUUAACGUUGUGUACUAAGGGCAUAUCUGUAUUCCAGCCAGAAGGAUUAAAUGUGUGCUAAUGGCUAAGAUGCACCACAUUAGAAACAGGUUUUUUUCCAAUAAAUAAUACAAUCUCAGGGGUCACAAAGUGAUCAAAUGUCCUGCAACAGGCUCAUUUAAAAAUUGUUACUAGUUAUGUGCGGGCAUGUGUGGUGAUAUGUAUGAAGGGGUCUAGUUGCUUGUAUAGGCCAGAGGAGGGUGGAAUACCACCGGGAGGUGGAGUUACAGGCCAUUUUGAGUCAACUAAACCUUGGUCUUCUGCAAGAGCAGUACAUGUUCUUAAUAGCUGAACCAUCUCUCCAGCCCAUUUUGGCCCAUAUUUAGAUUAGAUGUCUAUUGUUCUAGCAUUAGUCAUUGAAAAGAUUACCUUGGCUAACUUCUUCAUAGUUUAUGUGAAUCUAUUUCUGAGUUUUCUAUCCUGUUACAUAAAUCUACUUGUCUUUUCUUUGAUUUGUACCAUCUUAACAACUAUGGUGUUAUAUUGCUUUUGAAGUCUAACAUUUCCCCCAAUACUAAGUUGAUUAUUUUAGGUAUUUGUUUUUGCCUAAACUUUAGACUCACACUCACUCUCUCUCUCUCUCUCUCUCUCUUUUUUGAGGCAGGGUCUCAUAUAGUCCUAGCUAGCCUAGAACUCUCUGUGUAAACUAGGCUGGCCUUGAACUCACAGAGUUCUGCUUGCUUUUGCCUCCAGAAAGCAGAAUUAAAGGUGUGGACCACCGUGUACUGGCCUUAGAAUUUAUAUUUCAUCCAGAAAAUAACUUGUCGAGAAUUCUAUUGGGAUUCUGUUUAACAUACAGAUCUAGUUAGGAAGAAUUGACUUACUGCACAUGCUUAGUUCUUUGAUAUUUUUCAUCAGAGUUUUAUAGUUUCUUUUGUAUAGAUCUUAUGCAUAUUUUUGUUAGAUUUCUGCUUAAUCAUUUCAUGGAUUUGGUGCUAAUGUAAAUGCAUUCUGGGUUUUGUUGUUGGAGGAAAGGGGAAGUUUAGAUAGGGUCCCAUUUUGUAGUUCAGGAUAAUCUGGAACUAUUUAGGUCAAGAUGAAGUCAAAGUCAGAGCAAUCCAGGUGCCUCUGUUUCUUGAGUGCUGGGAUUGCAGGCAGGAGCCACACCAUACUUGGAUUGGCAUUAUGCUUCAAGUACCGAAUUCAACUGCGUUGUUGGCAUAUAGGCUCUCCCUUGGCUGUUUUGUUUAACCUUGUAUCCUAUAACCCUACUAUAAUUGUUUAUUAGUUUCAAGAGCUAUAAGGUACUAUGUUAAUUCUACUCUCUUAGUAUAUUUUCCCUCCAUCAGUUGGACCUAAGACUAGCAAUGGUAACACCAUUUCACAGUUCCAAUCUGUGUUUUGCUCCAUCUGUAUUAAACUUUUCUCUUUUGUCCUCUAAGGUGGUGUGAGGACACCAUGACAGUCACAGUGGUUUAUGAUAACUCUGAGGCAACAGAGCUCUGUGCUGCUCAGCACCUCUACCUCAAGCCUAUAGCAAAAUUAAUGAUCAACGUGUUGCUCCCAGAAUGUAUAGAACCUGUGAGGCCCUUCUCUAACUGGGAAGUUCUUGACCAACUGAAAAGUCUGAUUUGCCCUGACCAGUUCACCACAGUGCGACUCUCCAAGAGUACAAAAGACUUCAUCCGGUUUGAGGGUGAGGCAGAAACACGAAGUUUGGUUCAGAUCCUGAAAGCGAAGUUACAUGGGAAGAUCAUCAAGCUCAAUGGCUUGAAAACUGACUUAAAAGUCGUAGCCACAGAUGCCCAGGGAGAGUGGGAACACUUUCCAAAAGAGAAAGAGGCCUCAGUGAUUGAGGGAGCUGAAGAACAAGACCAUGAUAAGAGCCCUGAUUCAAUCUAUUUUGAAGGCUUGCCCUGUAAGUGGUUUGCACCUAAAGGCUCCAGCGGAGAGAAGCCCUGUGAAGAGAUCCUUCGAGUAGUCUUUGAGAGUUUUGGGAAGAUCAAGAAUGUGGAUAUCCCCAUGCUUGACCCUUACAGAGAAGUGAUGACAGGUGGGAGCUUUGGGGGUUUUAACUUUGGCUUGCAAACAUUUGAAGCCUUUAUACAAUACCAGGAGUCAACUGACUUCAUAAAAGCCAUGGAAUCCCUUCGAGGAAUGAAGCUGAUGCUUAAAGGAGAUGAUGGCAAAGCUCUGGCAUGUAAUAUUAAGGUUAUGUUUGAUACAACCAAACAUUUCAGUGAAGGAGCCAUACAGAGGAGGAAUCAGGAAAGGCUAAAAUUACAGGAGUUGGAGGAAGAGAGGAAAAAAGAAAAGAAGAGGGAAGAAGAAGUAGCUGAAAGAAAAAGAAAAGACGAAGUAAGGAAAGCCCAAGAAAAGAGAAAGAAGGCCAGGGACAGGAGGCGAGCUCUGAAGGAAAGAGACAGACACCGUCAAAGAAGGGAAAAAGUGAAAGCCAAGUCUGAGGCUCGCCAAGAGCAGGAGUCUUCCGGAGAGUGGGAGGAGCGGAAGUACUUGCUGGCUCGGAGGCGGGUUGAAGCUCUUCGGUUGCUUCGGGUACUUCUGAAGAAAAUUGCAGUUUGGAUGAGAAAAGAGAAGAACCUUGAGCCUUGUCAAACGCACAUUAGCCUUCUCUUGAACUGUCUGGGAUCCACACAGUGUAAUCCACAGGAGGUUGAUACUAUGGAGUCUGACGCUCAUCAUACCCCAGGGACCACAGUGAAAUCACCAGAGGAAGAAGAAUCAAACACUCAGCAUCUUCUGGACCAGAAAGAAAUGCCAAGGCAUCAGAUUCCCAAGUCUGACGGUAAACAAAAACAAAAAGUGAAGAAAAGAACUAAGACUCAGUUACAGAAAUCCUCACACAGCCCCGGAGCGAAACAAAUAAGAUAUUCAGCUAGGAAAGAGGAAACUGGAAAAGGGUUAACUGAUGGGUGUGAUUACAGUUUGGUCUCUGACCAGGAUUCCUUGCAGAGUACAGUGACUCCAGAUCAGUCCCUUGAAAAGGAAGACCAAUGCAGUGCUAAUGAAUCCCAUUCUUCUAGACAAGUUGUGAGAAACCGUGGCAGGAAACAGAAGAUCUAUGAAACAGAUGAAUUUAUUGACUAUCUAUUAAACUAUUAUCAGACUCCAGAGUAUGCCCGAUUCUGUCUUGAAGCAAGUCACCUACCGAGCACGUGUCAGUGGCAGAGAGAUGUCUACGCUAAGGGGGAUGGGUUUCAGAUCUAUUUAAGAAAACAGAGGUCCCACUCAGACAGUCUGAGUGAGGUGGAGAGCCUGCAAGAGAAGGAACUGGACGAAGAGCAGGGCUGGCCGGAGAUGUAUAUGAAAGGUCCUGAGAGUACGCCACAGAAGACAGGCAAGAUGAAUUACGCCAAAGAAUUUACUAAGAAGUUAAAAAACCAUUACAAAGACAUUUCGAGUGAAUCUGAUGAGCACCUGUCUCUGCCUGAGGGAGAGAACUAUCCUGUGGAAAAGAUCCAUAGUCAUGGAGUCCGAGAUUCUCAACACACCAGAAAAAGUCCAGCUUCCUCAUCAUUAAGGUCAGUAGAUGUAGGUUUGCCACUGGCAGAUUUCUUGGAGGAAAUUAGUAGUGAUUCUGAGUGCUUCAGUGAAACUCUUAGCAUGAACGAAGAGGAGGAAAGGUCUGUGGCUGUCUAUAAUAGCUCCCCGGAAAAAAGACCUCUUGGUACUGACAGAAUCGGUAGGGGCAAACAGAAAACCAGAUCGAGUCAGCAGACCUUAUGUUCAGAGUGGAAAUAUGACAGUGAGGAAAAAUACUCUAAACACAAAGUUAGGGCACCAGGUAAAAGGUCCAAGUAUGAACUGAGAUAUUCGUGGCUUGAGGAUGAAUGUGAUUCCGUUAGAGUCGACAAGAAUGUAAGCAAAACUAGGGGAAAAGUAGCCCCCAAAUACAUGUGCGAUGAAGGUUACUACCAUGAGUCCAGUUCCAGUGAUGAAGCAGAGAACACCACGAGGAAGAGAAGGAGACUUAGUAGCAGUGUGUUUGACCAAAAUGUGAAAUACAGGCCCCUUCCUAUGCCAUUAAUGCCGCCAAAACGUGCUAGAGCAUUCUGUUUGGGAUAUUUCUCCAGGAAAAGACAGAAUCCAUGGAAGUCAGACUAUAACCAGGAUGUAAGAAGGUUUAAAAGAUAUGAAAGUUCUGAAGAUUACAUGCUCGAUCCUGAUAAUUACUAUGUCAGUCACGACGACAAGCAGGAGCACAUUGAGUAUGGAAGGUACUUAGGAGACAGCUACUCUGGCUCCUUGUAUUUUAAAAUGUGCUGAUGGCCACUUUGAUCAGGAACACCCUUAUUUACAAGAAACAGUUGACAAAAAGGAAAACUUCAAACCAAAUAUAGCUAUGUUGUUAGCAACCACAGAGCAAGAACUAGAAGAGAGUCAAGUGCAAAAGCUUGUUCCUCUUGCCAAAGCUGAAAGUGUGGGUCAGAGUGACUGCAGGUAUGUAUGUCAGCAAGCUUUCGACCUAGAAAACCUUAGAUUCUAAAGCUUGGUGAAACAACAUAAUUGCAAAACUUCUUGAUCCAAGGACACAUUUUACUUUAAGCUUUAAUUUGGUGCCAGUAAAGGAGCAGAUUAGCAUUAAGAUGGCUGAUUUGGCCUUCAAUGGCUCUUUUGCUGUCAUAACAUCAUCUGGCAUCUAUCUUCAAAGGGACAAUAGUGGACACAUAGGCAUCUUUUGUCCGAAGCACUAUGUAUGGUAACAAACCUUGCUAAAUUUUACUUCAUAAUAAUUCUAGAUAAAGAAGAGCUCUGGAGGUUAGAACAUAUAAUACAUUUUAUGACUUUAGAAUUUCAUGAAGACCCACUAGAAGGAAAUGGAUAUAUUUAUAGUAUUGAAGGAGUCAUUCAUUUACAGACAGUUCUAGAGGAAGAAUCUAAAAGGGGCCGAUUGCCCUUUAAUGGUUAACUAGCUGGGACCGUUAGAAGUUUUCUUGUUUGUUUUGUGGACCCCAUAUCUUUCCAUCAAAGCACCAGGAUUGAAUUUAUAAAAUCAGGGGGAUUUGCAAAGGAAAUAUCAAAAACAUCCUGGCACAUCAGUAACGGCACUUGGGAAGAAAAGUUGUGACAGUAUUCUAUUUCAGGCUAUGUAAUCCUUUCACUCAGGGUUGGGUGACAUCAGUUUGUAAAAAGUCACUGACUAUCCCCCACACUGACUUUUAUAGAACAGUAACAAGUGCCUCCUCAAUCCUUAACAAUGCCAUGGCGUUAGGAAGACUUGAAGGAAAAGGCCACAGUUUUCUAGCUGUGGAAAAACUGUUUGCGGAAUUUGUAAACGAUGUUAAAUAAGUGAUUUAUCUUUUUGCUGACUCGUUUUGGACUUCUUAAAUGUGUUUUUAAAUCGAGAUAUUUGUAGAUUCCUUCAGACUAACCCCUUAGCACAGCGCAUGCUCUGUAGAAAGCCUGGACAACUCUGCCUUACAUUGGAUUCAAGACCUCAGGGCAGCGUGUUGACCUUCAUUUUCCCAGCCACGCUGUACCUGACCUGGCAUUUGGCGAGUAGUGAAGUUCAGAGACUUGUCUGCAACAACAGGAAUAGCUGUUUCCAGUUCACAGAAUUGGCGAAGGCUAGCAUUCUCAUGGCGACUUCAGUUCAGUCUCAAUUUGACGUUCUGCAGGAAAGCAUCUGCUAGCAGAGGCAGGUAGGAUGUCAGUCUGUGGGGUUACUUACGAUCCUGUCACACACUGUGUGCCCCUAAACCGCCUCUUGAGCAACCUGGUGUCUGCGGUGGUUAUGACUAGGAUGUACCUGAAGUAAAAGCCACAGGUUGUUUCAUUGAUCUGCGUCUUCCUAUGAAGAGAUCGUUCAAUCACUUGGAAGUUCAGAAAGGAAUGGAACAGAGCCACAUGAUUACUAAGAAAGGAACAAUCUCCCUUUGAAGCCAGUAGUUGGUUUCACUCUUAAACUAGGUUUGACUUAGUGACUCCGAAAGAUCGCUCCUGUGGUGACAGUGCCUUUUUUUGUUUUCUUUUUGAGGACUAGCAGUGACUAUUCCUGUUCAAAGUAAUGUUGCCCGAAGUAGCCUCUGAAAUCACUAACAGCUCAGAUCUUGUCAGAGAGUUUUCUGGCAACACAUUAUUCUCCUCCAAUAAAAAUCUGCCUCCUUUCCCUCCCCACAUGUUAUUCUAUUGAAACAGAAAACAUUAUGGGUUUGUAAUAGAAAGCAGCUGACUGUUUUGAAACAAACGAACAAACAAAAAAAAAAAACCCCACUCAGUUUCUUCCCUCAUUUGAUCAAUUUUUCUUGAAAGAUUUUAGGCAUUUUUGCUCAGUAAGAAAAGAAAAUUGCAGAUUUAAGCAGCAUGUGCAGAACUUUGGGUCUUUGCUCCCUGUAAUAGACACAGUGCUAAGUCAUUUUGAUGCAGCACCUUUGUCCUGUUGGAUUUGUUUGCUUAAUGCUCACCUAGGGUUUCCAAGUAAAAAUACUGCUUUCGCUGACCCCUGGAGUGUUGUACCUGUCUGUGGCAAUGCAUUGUAGAUCUGUGUCAACCCUUUUGGUGUAGGCCUUCCACAAGAAAGAUAAUAGCUUACUCCGUGCUUGUCACUCGGCGGCUUUGUAAAGAAUGUAAUGGAACACACUGUUAUGACUACUUUUGUUCUUGAUACUGUUGUUAUUUAAGUUGUGAAAAGUGUUUACUCGGAUCUUCUUUUUGUCUUCUCAAACAAAGGGCCUGAACUUGUUUGAUUUAAAGACGGGUUUCCGUAUGCUUCCCUUGUGUGUGCUGCUAAUCCUGUAAAGGAAAAGUCUGCUAAGUGCUUUGUUCAUUUGUUUGAAUUUCUCAGGUAGAAAGCCAUGUAACCUAGGCAUUUUGAAAACACAACCAAAUCAAUGUGUUUUUGUUGCAAAACUGUUCAAUGUGUUAAUUUUAAAAUAAACGUGAUCACUUCCA